AUGCUUCGUCAGGCGCUCGCCACCGCGGUUACCUUCCUCUCUCUGUCGCACAUGGCGUCCGGCGCGAUUGUGUUCCUCAGCAACUGCCACCAGGACUACUACUCAGGCCAAUACCAGUGGAGUGAAAUGGACUACUUCACGAACACUCCUCCCACGGCGUCCUAUCCAGAUGGCAAGAAACCGGCAGGCAAGACGCCUUCGAUCGAGGCAAAAGGACCCAACACUGGUGGCAGAGACGAUCGUGUUCAUUGGGAGGGGAGGAAGACAUGCGGAAACUUCUCCGAUACCACCUUCUGCGCCACCAUCGCGGCUGAUGCUGGAGGAAAAAGCAAGGGAACAUAUGUCGGCAGCGGAUCCAACGGCUUCGGGACGAAGUUCGAUUGCUACUCUGAAGGUGGCGAACGAUAUGUGUAUGCUAUCAAUCCACCGGACGCAACAGGCCUCACCAGUUCAUGUUACGCCAUCUAUUAUUGUUCGACCAAGUAG